AUAUAUAUAUAUGUAUGUAUAUGUGUGUAUAUAUAAUCUGAGUGGCGGUUCUUAAUUAGAUGAACCGCCAAUUGAUUCUCCGCCUCUUGAUUUGGAUUUCUGCAAUUUUAAUUUCUCUGUUCAGCAUAACCAUCUGCUUAAUAGGUUUCCUCAGUUCAUCCUGUGGCUUAUUGAAUUGUUACUUAAUAUCAAUUUUGCGAUGAAGAAAUUCGUUCCAAUCAGGCGAUCUUCGGAGAAACAGAGCUGUUUGAGCGUGCUGAAAUCUGCAGCACUCGAAGAUUUGCCUCAGGAAAUUCUGAUUAGGGUUCUAUGUGGAGUAGAUCAUGCUGAUCUUAAGACUUUAUCAUUUGUGUCCAAAUCUAUUAGAGCAGCAGCAUUGAUGGCAAAGCAAUCUCACUUUGCCUUCAGCACACCUCGUAAGAAUUCCACUUUUCUGAAUACAAAACCAGAAGAUUUUGGCUUCUUCGAUGAGGUAGAAGCUCCAAAUGCUCCAAAGCAAAGGAGGAUCCGACGGUCCAGAUUGAAUGCGAAGAAACUGGCAGAUUUAUCUGUGUCACUAUUUACUUCUGAUGAUGAUAGUAAUUGCUGGCAACGAAGGAAAUUAUUCCAUCAAAUUAAUAUACCCAUUCAAUCAGCGAUGCUUGAAAAUUGAAAACAACAUCGUUUUUGCUUUUACGUCAUACAUGUAAAAAAAUAUGUUACUUGUAGUAUAUUGCAACCAAAUACGAACAGAAAUUACAUAUAUAUACCUUCAAUAUUUCAAUAUUA